GACUCUAUCUCGCACCGGAAAUAGGAAGGACAAACUCAACAGCAAUUACUUGUUUGGAAACUUUUACCUACAAACAUAAACCGCCCUUAAAAGCUGACAAGUGGACGUUUAUCUUGGGAGUCAAUCGAUUUAUCAGUGUGAGGUUUUAUUUUAUUGUGUUAGAUACUGAGAGACUCCUAACGGUUCAGUCAGCAUGCCUCGUCUGCUUUGUUUGUUUACAUGGUAAAUCAGCUGAGGAGCUAACGUUAGCAACAUAGCCUAGUAAAAACCGAGUCAUAUGAGCUGUUAAUUAUCGGGCAGCUUUGUCCUCAUGGAUGAAACUUAACAUUACUGGAAGGGGUAACGUACAUAUGCAGUAGUGAGGGGUUGCCUUAGGCCCUUAGAAGUGUAACAAUGCGAAGCUAACGUUAAAUGUUUCGAGCGUCGGCAACGUUUUCCAGACGAGUAAAGUUGUUUUGUCGCUGAGCCUGAGGCCAGUUUUAAAGGCCUCACAGCGUCUUUAUGUCAAGAUGCCUUGUUCCUGUGGGAACUGGAGAAGGUGGAUUCGGCCGCUGGUCGUUGUGCUGUACAUUUUGUUGCUAUUGGUCGUCUUGCCACUGUGCAUCUGGGAGCUGCAGAAGUCAGAGGUUGGCACACAUAAUAAAGCAUGGUUCAUUGCUGGGAUUUUUGUCUUCAUGACCAUACCCAUAUCAUUAUGGGGCAUUCUCCAGCAUCUGGUUCACUACACUCAGCCAGAGCUUCAGAAACCUAUCAUCAGGAUAUUAUGGAUGGUCCCAAUCUACAGCUUGGAUAGUUGGAUUGCACUGAAAUAUCCCAGUAUAGCAAUUUAUGUCGACACAUGCAGAGAGUGCUACGAGGCCUAUGUCAUCUACAACUUCAUGACCUUCUUGCUUAAUUACCUGGAAAAUCAGUACCCCAGUCUGGUGUUGAUGCUGGAGGUUCAAGAGCAGCAGAAACACCUGCCUCCUCUCUGCUGCUGCCCGCCAUGGCCAAUGGGAGAGGUUUUACUGUUGCGGUGCAAACUGGGAGUGUUGCAGUACACAGUUGUACGACCCGUCACAACAGUGAUUGCCUUGAUCUGCCAGCUGUGUGGAGUGUAUGAUGAGGGAAAUUUCAGUUCAACAAAUGCAUGGACAUACCUGGUCAUUUUCAACAAUAUGUCACAGCUGUUUGCCAUGUACUGCCUGGUGCUGUUCUACAGGGCCCUGAGAGAGGAGCUGAGUCCAAUCAAACCAGUGGGCAAAUUCCUGUGUGUCAAAAUGGUGGUGUUCGUCUCUUUCUGGCAAGCUGUGUUCAUUGCCUUACUGGUGAAGGUGGGCAUCAUCUCAGAAAAACGUACAUGGGACUGGCAAAGUGUGGAGGCUGUUGCUACUGGCUUACAGGAUUUCAUCAUAUGUGUGGAGAUGUUUCUGGCAGCCAUUGCCCAUCACUUCAGCUUCACCUACAAGCCUUACAUCCAGGAGGCUGAGGAGGGCUCUUGCUUUGAUUCUUUCAUGGCAAUGUGGGACAUCUCUGAUGUCAGAGCAGACAUUUCUGAACAAGUCCGCAAUGUUGGGAGAACAGUAAUGGGUCGUCCAAGGAAGUCUUACUUUGGCGAGGCGCAGAAUGAGGGUGAGCGAUCUGGCUUGCUCACAUCUGCCUCCCAAGAUGCCAUCACUGAGGCACCCAACCCAGUGUCAUCUAAUGGUCAGUACCAGGGCCUGGGGAGAACCCUCACACCACACUCUUUGUCAGCUCCUGCUGGUCUCAGCUCAGCCCCAUGGGAUGAAGGAUAUGAGGCUAGACCUGAAGAAACCGAGGAAGAGGAGAGGACCAACCAAACCAAAGAACCAACAGAGGCAGAUCUCAUCGUUAUCACCUAGCCCACCAUCAAGGCUGAUAUCAGACUCUACCAGACAUGGUUGGGCUGGGCCCAAUGACAGCCUUGCCAUUUUCCUUCAGACAUUACUUAACUGAUGCAAAAUUAAACAAAACUGUUGUUGAAAAGGGCACAUCCACCAAGUAAGUAGACAUUUGCCAACAAAGGCAAAACCAGAUGGACCUCUCUGCCAGUGACAGCUCUAAGAAUGUUCAGUGAAGUUAUGGCAAAAUGAUAAAAUAACAAACAUUUUCUGCAGGUUCUGUUGUACUAGGGAGUUAUAUUGCUCAGUAAGCUAUGCCAGAAUGGUUUUUAUCCACUGUAAUUGGGAAAGACUUGCAGUCAGUUUUAACGUGCAUCCCAAAGAGCGCAUCUUUCUUCAAAGAACCAAGUCUUUGUGUUGUCGUCUUUGUUAAGAUGAGUCUCUGUGAAACUUCCUUAAGUCUGAGUGAGGCAUGAAGAUGUAUGCUUGUAUAUUUCAAGUAGGAAAUAAUUACAGAAUUUUAUGUUUCAGCUCAGUCAUAUCAAACCACAAUCUCAAAUGUGACAGAUGAUGAAAAGAAAUAUGCAACUUUUAAAGUACAAAUGUUUUCUUCACAUUGUAUCUUGCUUUAUAGUGAUUUCGGAAGAUGUCGAUUUAAGUGAGCGGUCAUAAAUGAGAAUCUACAAUAUUAACGCACAUUACACGUCCAGGAUCACCAACAGAAGAUAUGUAUCCCAGAGGAGAGGAAUGAAAAGAGCAGAGGCAACAUGUUGUUGGGAUGCACAGACUAAACUACUCCAGUGGAAAAAAUAACUUGGGUUAAGUAGGUCAGAGCUAACACUUGCUGAAAGAUGUGUGCUGACUGACAGUAUGACAUCAUUACAGUGUCAAUAUAGGUCUGUGUAUUUCCUAAGGGUACAGUCCAUGUAUUAAAACAUAAAAAAAUCAGUCUCAAACUGUACAAUCAACACAUUCUAGUUAAUUCCUAUCAAUGCUUUACUGCAUUAUAGCCCACUUUAUAGUGUAUAAUAGAAACUUAUUCACUAGUCUCAGAUGCCUUGUUGUAUGUGCCAUGGAACUAGUCUAUCCACUAACUAUCAAUUUAGCAUUUAUAUUCCAGGAUCAGUUUUAUUUAAUGAUGUUUUCCAUCCUUUUUAGCCUCAAAGCUGGAAUAACUAAGCACAUUUAAGCCAUUUAUAUUUCCUGUAGAUUUUCCAAGCUUGUUUGUCAUUGAGACUUUUCAUGUGCAGGGAUAUUGAUCUGUUUAAUGUACAGCAUAGGAUAUCAGGUUGAUGUGUCAGUAAAUACAAACCGUAUCCUAUCAGCAGGAUAAUCUGCAGCAUGUCUAGCCAGAACAUGUUGCAUUGCCUUAUGUGUUUUUUUUAUAUAAAACUGACAGUAUUACAUCAGAGCUGAUGUAAUUGCUCCACAUUUUAAUUUAAAUCCAUCUCUGACAGUCUCUUCAAUAAAUCAAACUAAUUACA